CAGCGUCCUGGGAGGGAAGGAGAGAGAGAGAGGCAAAGAAACUUUUUUCUUUUCUCCUCCUCAAAUGUGCAUCCAUCCGAACAGUACCCUAUAAAUACCAUCCCAACGAUCCCGGGUGGCCAAACAAAAGAGGGAACCAGGAAAGCAAAAGAAAAGAGGCUCCGCGACCUACAUAACAUAAUUUUUUUCUUUGAGAUGGCUGCCAUCCCUCUUCUGACUCCACACAAGAUGGGCAAAUUUGAUCUUUCUCAUAGAAUUGUUUUGGCACCAUUGACAAGAUCAAGAUCCUAUGGUAAUGUUCCACAACCACAUGCAAUCUUGUACUACUCUCAGAGGACUACCAAGGGAGGCCUUCUCAUAGCCGAAGCCACUGGGGUCUCAGAUACGGCCCAGGGAUAUCCGGAGACUCCUGGGAUAUAGACAAUGGAACAGGUGGAAGCUUGGAAACCAAUCGUGGAUGCCGUCCAUACCAAGGGUGGGGUGUUCUUUUGCCAAGUUUGGCAUGUGGGUAGGGUGUCUAAUUAUGGUUACCAACCUAAUGGACAAGCACCCAUUUCCAGCACAGAUAGGGUGGUCAAACCUGUAACCAUUCAAGAAGGUGCUCUUGAAGAGUACUCUCCUCCUCGAAGAUUAAGAACUGAGGAAAUCCCUCGCAUCGUCAAUGAUUUCAGACUUGCUGCAAGGAAUGCCAUUAAAGCAGGCUUUGAUGGAGUUGAAAUUCAUGGUGCACAUGGCUAUCUUAUCGAACAAUUCAUGAAAGACAGCGUCAAUAAUCGAACUGAUGAAUAUGGUGGGAGCUUAGAGAAUCGAUGUCGCUUUGCUUUAGAAAUAGUCGAAGCGAUCGUCGAAGAGAUCGGAGCAGAUAGAGUUGGAAUGCGUCUCUCACCCUUUGCCGACUACAUGGAGUGUUGGGACUCAAAUCCAGAAACCCUUGGGCUUUACAUGGUGGAGGCACUGAACAAGUAUGGCAUUGCAUAUUGCCAUAUGGUUGAGCCUAGGAUGAGCAUUGUGGAUGGGAGGCGCCAAAUACCUCACAGGCUACUUCCAAUGAGAAAGGCUUUUAAGAGAACUUUUAUUGCUGCCGGAGGAUAUGAUAGAGAGGAAGGGAAUAAGGUCGUGGCAGAAGGUUAUACUGAUUUGGUGGCAUAUGGACGCUGGUUUUUGGCUAAUCCUGACUUGCCUAAAAGAUUUGAGCUCAAUGCUCCUCUUAACAAGUAUGAUAGGUCCACGUUCUACACACAAGAUCCUGUUGUUGGAUACACAGAUUACCCAUUCCUAAAAUGCUCAAAUUAAAUUUCAUUGUUGUAGAAAAAAUAAUAAUGGAUAUUUUGUGUCUAAUUUCAUACACAGAAUCUUGCAACUUAUUCCAUAAAUAUAUUUAAACUGAAUUAUUGGUCAA